AUAGUAGAGGGUGAGAGACACGAAGGUUCAUCAGCACAGUCUUCAAUCUGCUUCAGUGCUGAGUAGCCUCAACGAGUCUCUUCCUAACGCAUCGCUCGUGUCUCUUUGACGCUAGUCAAAAAUACGGUGCAAGUUUGUUAUUUUAAAUAUUUAUUGAUUAAAGAAAUUUAUAAUAUAUUUAAAAGGACUUUACUAGGAUCAUAUUAUAAACAUAGUGAAUGCAAAACGUAUUAAGUGAGAGGAGUGACCGUCGGGCAAAGACUCGAAAAUUAAUAUCAAAUGACAGCAUCAAGUUAAACAAAGGAUUGCAUUGUUGUUUGUUUUAUUUUUUGUUUGUUUUUUUUUCCACUGUUUUUAAUAUUUGGAUUUAAUAGUAUGCGGUGAUUGGAGUAUUAAAUUGACCAGGCGCCCAUCAGGGCGAGGUCUAAAUAAAAAAUGUUGGUACCACCAGAUAUGCUUGCGUCCCAUUCAAAAAUGGCUUAUCAAAUAAAUAAAUAUUUUGGUGAAAGAGUUAUGUCACGUAAAACACAAGUUGCUAAAACAAUACAAGAAGUAUGUCGUGUUAUACAGGAUGUAUUAAAAGAAGUUGAAGUACAAGAGCCAAGAUUUAUAUCAUCAUUGACUGAUUACAAUGGUAGAUUUGAUGGUCUUGAUGUUAUAUCACCAACUGAAUUUGAAAUAGUUAUAUAUCUUAAUCAAAUGGGUGUAUUAAAUUUUGUUGAUGAUGGUACAUUACCAGGUUGUGCUGUAUUAAAAUUAAGCGACGGUAGAAAAAGAUCAAUGUCAUUAUGGGUUGAAUUUAUAACAGCAUCUGGUUAUUUAAGUGCACGUAAAAUACGUUCACGUUUUCAAACUCUAGUCGCACAAGCAUGUGAUAAAUGUGCUUAUCGUGAUUCAGUUAAAAUGAUUGCUGAUACAACUGAAGUUAAAUUACGUAUACGUGAAAGAUAUAUUGUACAAAUAACACCAGCAUUUAAAUGUGCUGGAUUAUGGCCAAGAUCAGCAUCACAUUGGCCAAUACCACAAAUACCAUGGCCACAUCCAAAUAUUGUUGCUGAAGUUAAAGCUGAAGGUUUUGAUAUGUUAUCAAAAGAAUGCAUUGGUUUACAGGGUAAACAAUCAGCAAUGGAAGGUGAUGCAUGGGCAUUAUCAUUUAUUGAUGCUGAAAAUCGUUUAUUACAAGGUGCAAGUAGACGACGUUGUUUAAGUUUAUUAAAAACAUUAAGAGAUCGUCAUCUUGAUUUACCUGGUAAUCCAGUAACAAGUUAUCAUAUGAAAACAUUAUUAUUAUAUGAAUGUGAAAAACAUCCACAUGAAAUUGAAUGGGAUGAAAAUUGUCUUGGUGAUCGUAUUAAUGGAAUUUUUUUACAAUUAAUAUCUUGUCUACAGUGUCGAAGAUGUCCACAUUAUUUUUUACCAAAUUUGGAUCUUUUCAAGGGUAAAUCACCAAGUGGACUUGAAAAUGCUGCCAAACAAGUUUGGAGACUAACACGUGAACUUCUAACAAAUACCAGGGCUCUUGAAAAAUUGUAGUGAUCAUGUUUUUUGUUUUUCUUUUUCUUUUUAUCUCCCCAAUUAUUAAUUAUUAUUAUUAUUUGUUUCAUAUAUAAAUAAAAAUGUUGAACGUUAAAGUGUGAUGAUUUUAUUAUUUGAACGAAUGGAUUAUUGUGUAAUGCCAUUAUUAUUAUUAUUAUUUAAUUGUCUAUUAGUGUGAUUGUGAAAUUGGGUCCUGUAAAAUGUAUUGGAUUAAGUUAAAUAUACAUUUUUCUGUAAUAAUUUUUAGUCAACACAUAUUAUGUAUAUAUGGACUCAAUGUAACUGUGUUUUGUUUU